GUUCUGUGCUUUAUUAUUUGAGUUUGGCUUAAUUCUGACUAUAUUUUUAAAGCACAGCGACUUUUUUCCUAUCCAUUUAUUAUUGUAACCGAGCGCCAUGGCGAUUGCCCACGUAGCAACAGAAUACGUUUUUUCGGACUUUUUGUUGAAGGACCCCACGGAGGCAAAAUACAAAGGAAUGCGACUGGAGCUAGCCGCGGACAAAAUAGUGACGUUUCUGGCUGUGGGACUACCUUUGUUUCUCAUCUCGCUGGCUUUUGCUCAGGAGGUGUCUGUUGGUACACAAAUCAGCUGCUUUGCUCCCACUAACUUCUCCUGGAGACAGGCAGCGUAUGUGGAUUCAUUUUGCUGGGCAGCAGUACAACAACAGGAUGAUGGCUCACCAUUAUGGCUUCACAAGUUCUUUCCAUAUAUCCUGCUCUCACUGGCCAUCCUUGUGUACAUCCCUGCCUUAUUCUGGCGCUUCACUGCAGCCCCACAUCUCUCCUCGGAUCUGAAGUUCAUAAUGGAAGAGCUUGACCGCUUUUAUAAUCGGGCCAUUAAACUGGCAAAAAAUUUGGCAUCAUUGGAUGCUAAGGAUAAAGAUGCUUCGCCGGAAACACAGAGUGCUUUGGAGCUGGCUGAGGGUUGCUUCAAAUACCCUUUAGUUGAGCAAUAUCUCAAGACCAAGCGCUUCUCUCACCGCCUCGUGGUCAUGUACUUGGCAUGCCGAGGCUUGACUCUGAUCAUCCUGCUGCUCGCCUGCCUCUACCUGGGAUACUACAUCCAACUGGCUUCCCUUACCGAUGAAUUUGCUUGUGACUUGCGCACAGGGGUGCUGACUAACGACAGCAGGGUACCCUCGGCCGUUCAGUGUAAGCUUGUGGCGGUGGGGGUCUUCCGGCUACUCAGCUACAUCAACCUCGGGGUCUAUGUGCUGCUCACCCCGCUGGUGGUGUACGCCGCCGUCGGACCUGCACGUCAGAGUUCCAACUUCCUGCGACCUUAUGAGAUGCUGCCAGGCUUUGGCGUUUUGGGGCUCACUACACCCUUCUACAACGACCUCAGCAUCUAUCUGCUCUUUCUGCAGGAAAACCUAAGUGAACUGAAAUCCUUCAAGUGUCUGCAGGUGCUUGAGUUGUUGCAAGAAGCUGCUGAUGAGGGCCUUGAUACCAUGUGCCUUCUGCGAACUCUGGGACAGGUGAAGACAGAUGUAGUGGACUGUAAGAAGGGAUGUCCAAGAAACAAAGCUAAGCCUAAGGAAGUCACACUAUAAUUCCAAUGAGGUACGAAAGAACAUCUGGUCUCAAAGGGGAAGUCAACCCUCAAUUUUUCUUUGUCCUGUGCAGCCUAACUAGUUGAAACAAUGUGUUCUGAUUCAUGUCUCGUUUGUGGAAUUUGAAUCAAAGAUGCAAUAAGAGUUUUGAAAUGCUUAUCAUUAUCUGAACAUCAAUUUGGUCAGUUUUCACAAGCCUCAGAUUUUUUUUUAGGUCACCGUAAAUGUUUAAUGUAAUAACUCGGUCUUCAAGUGUUUUUCAUCCUGUGGUCAGACACCAUUGUUUAUUAGAGAUGUGAACAGUGGUGGAGUCAAGAUUUAUUUUUUCUAACUUAGUACUGCUGCAAGCAAGUGUUAUAAAAUGUUGAUGAAUGAUGUGAGCAGUGCUUCUGUAACUAACUGUACUGUUAGACAUAAUGAUGUGUAUUUAUUUUAUAGUGGGCAGUCUACUCAACGAUUUUUUUUUAAAUCAGUGAUGUUUAACUCUUUUAUAUUUGUACAGCACUGUUUAAUCUCAGGUGACAGAAACGGAACCUAUAAUAAUAGUAACUGCCAUUGUAACAACUAGUUUUGAUGGGAUGUUUCUUAAUGCAUGUAAAAUCCCACUAACAUAUGCAUGUUGAAAAAUCAACAUCCUUGGUACUGUAAUAAAAUUAUGGAUGAAAUGACAUGAAUGAAAU